AUGAAGUUCCUCAGCCUGACCACCGCGGUGGUGUGGUCCGCCCUCCAAUUUCACUAUGUGAUAGCCUUGUCCAAUGUCACCUUCUACGCCGACAGCCAGUGCUCGAAAUUCUUGAGCUGGAAGACGGGCCCAGACGAUGGCACUUGUACCCCGUUCCCGACCAACUCGCAGGGAUUCCUCAGUUUCAUGGUCACCAGUUUGGAUCAGACAUGCGCCGUCACGGUAUAUGGCAGCGAUGUCCCGUACUGCAGUUCUUCAACUCUGUUCCUGGCUCCCUUCUCCAACUGCAUGACGGCCACCAACGUCAGUCAAUUUUCGGUCGACUGCCAGAGCUUGUCGGUCGCAACAUCCGCCGUGCCCUCGGUGGUUCCUACGGGAGCUCCCAACCCGUCUACUGCAGCAUCGACCCCGACUCCCUCCUCCAGCCCUGACACGGGUCUUUCUGGGGGCGCCAAAGCCGGCAUUGCCAUCGCCGCCGCCGUGGGGGGAUUGCUAUUGGUCGCCCUGAUCGUGUUCCUGGUGGUCAGGAACAACCGCAAGAAGAGACGAAACCUGGGCCCCGAUGGAGUUCUUCUCGAGGCGGACUCGACACCGGCGGUGCCUCCCUACUCGGCCGAAAUGCCUCCAAACGAAAAGAAGGUCCCCGUGGAAAUGCCGUCGGCCGUGAUGGUGGCCGUGGAAGCCCCUGGCGAUGAGCACUGGCCCCCUCCACAGGAGAUGCCGGGCGAUUACACACAUUCAGAAAUGGAAGGGUCCCGUCCCUCGCAGCUGCACAAGGACGACAUCAAAACCGUGGUAUCAUCCGACACGAAGACCCUCGUCGGGUCGGACGCGAGACUGGACAUCAAGUCCUCCGAACCACAGCCUUAA